AUGCCUCCACUACCACCGCCCCCGAUACCCGAGCAGUUCAAUACGGCUAUCAGCAAUAAUUCCAGUUCAAUGUUGUCUGCGUCCGGUCCCCUAUCUACUAACCAAGUUAUCAGUCUCGCUAGACAGGCAAUGGAUAGUGCUUUAAAGGAAAACGAGACACAGGCAGCUGGCGCUAGUGGUGUCAGUACUGAACUCAAGCCCGGUGUCACUAUCGAUCUUAGUAGAAAGAAUAUACAGGCUUUACCUGACGAGGUAGUGGAUAUAAUUAAGAAUGAAUUGGAGCGGUUAGCACUCUCGCACAACAAGCUGUCAUCUCUUCCGCCUCGCUUCUCCGAAUGUACUCACUUGCGCUAUCUUAAUUUGAGGGCAAAUCUAAUUAAGGAGUUUCCUAUAUCGCUCUGCGACAUCAAGUCACUUGAGAUAUUGGAUAUGGGAAGGAAUAGAAUCCGUUUUCUCCCUCCUGAUAUUGCGAAAUUGACUUCACUUAAAGUACUUGCCCUACAGAAGAAUCGAAUAGAGGAGCUCCCACUUUGCUUAGCUGACAUGGUCUCGCUGCAAAUGCUAAGAUUAGACGGAAACAACAUUACCUUUCCUCCUAAAGAGGUGCUCCGUGUCCAAGCUAGCAGCCCCCCUAACGAAGGUUUCUUAGAGAAGAGCGAGUUAACGGAACUCGCUAUUACGGCACACAUUAAGAAAUUCUUAAAGCAGAAGUCUCUAAGUAUGAAUGGAAGAGAGAAAGAUGGCGAGAAUGGAGGAGACGAACUUAGCGAUGGAACCGAAACGCCUCGAAUGCCUAUAAGGAGGGUGGUUAGCGGUCGAUUUCCUAUCCGAGUAAAUGGUAGCGAUGUGUCGGAUAUGCGAUCCCCAGCCGUACUACGAGCGCCGCCCAUACCGUCCCGAUCACAUGCUCGGGGUCUCUCCCAGCAAAGCACGGUCGUUCGUAGACCCGGUGUUAUGCCUCUCACUAUAGGUAACCCUAACGAAAGGGUGCGGUCGAACAGCGAGACCUUAUUACAGGCAUCCGGACAGGGCCGACCCACGGAACGACACAGGCGUAUGGGAAUUGUGUCUAGAAAAGCGACUGAGCUCGGGACUUUAGAAGAAGGCCAAGCAAACAAUAGAUUCAGUCACUACCGAGGAUUGAGCCACGGCUCAUCCAUGACGGGUAAUUUGGAUCCGAAUGCAACCUCUGCCGUCAGCCCUAAUAGCCCGGCCGAGCCUCUGCUCAACCGGCCGAAUUAUGUACGACGCCUUUCUGUUCUACCAGAGCAAAGAAGGGAAUCGAAGGUUUUCGAUCCCAUCAUCGAAUCCGCGAAGGGUAUUCUCUAUGCAAUUUUCCAGGUCCAUCCCAUGAUUCAACUCUUCACGAGGUUGACCAACGAUGGCACAACCAAGCGAUCAAGCCUCGAGAUUGUCUUUUAUAACACUAAUUUCCACAUUGAACAGCUCGAGCAGGAGCUUCAGAAGCAUGAAUUCGCCGCAGAGAAUAGCCCCUACAUGCCGCGUGAGAACGAGAAUGUUCAACGGGCUGUUUUAACCUUGAUUAACGCCUACAGCCAUAUAUGCCAACUUCUGAUGAAUAAUAUGGAUACCAUUGUAGACAAUGCAGACCCGCGUUAUAUUCGUACCAUGAUGAUGCUUUUGUACCACAGCAUCAUGGAGCUUCGCAUUACCUUCAAUGAGAUUUCCGGAGGCUCAGACGGGCUCGCGUUUAGCCAGGAACAUCCCCGGCCAGGAAUCGAAGAUACGCUUCGAGCUCAUUCACGAGAAAGCUCGAUGACACCUACGAUACAGCGACCAGGUCCGAACGCCCGGCCACGACCUGGUACUUUCGUCCAUAACCCUAGCAAUCUCCGAGUAUCGACAGACGUGUCAGUUCCUUACAUCAAUGGUACUGGUCGAAUGGCUCAGGUUACCUCUGCGACGCCCCGAUCCGGUGAAUCGUUUGCAUCUUCGAACGGAGACCUCAGAUUCCCCGUCAAUUUUAGUGCAGAUGAACGUUUGUUCGAAAAAGUAUUCUUGGCAUUACAGAAAUCGUCGGAUCUUGUCAUGCGUAUCCUUCCAAACAUCAACCAGCAAUUACUGGCCCUGAGACGUAAUGCCGAAUUCCAACGGGCGCCGGAGCACAUUGUACAUUGUUGGAAGGGCCUAGUCGCCAAAUGUUCUAUCGCGAUUACCGACACAGAGCGUCUUAAGGAUCGACUGUCGGUUAUUAAGUUAAAGGAACCUGGCGUGAGGAACGACCCCCUCUUCUGGAGUCUCUGCAAAAGCUUUAUCGACUCCUGGGCUGAGUUUGGAGGUAAAUUGAAGUCCUCCAUGGACCAAAUAUCCUUCCCGCUAGAUAUUCGAACUAGAUUACGACCUAUUCAGACUAGUGUGAAGGAGACGAACCAAAUUAUCAUGAGUUCUCCCUGGGGUUAUCUUCUCCGCCACGCUGAUCAUUUUACCAACACGCCCAAUCACUAUUCUCCUAGCCAUUACUCGGCCAGUCCUGGAGUUGCGCAAAUACAGCUACCUAUGACUCCCCAGAGCGCCGCUCUCGGACCGGCCGUACAGGCCACCGUACCGUCGACGCCGCAAAGUGCGUCCUUUGCUAACGCUUUUAGUGGAAACGUUUUCGAGCGUGCCGAUGCGUUGAUAAAUAUGGGAGGAUUGUCGAUGUCUCGUUCCGGGACUAUGAAUAGUGUCUCUACGUCGCUGAACUCAUCGUUCUCUUCCACCACCUCGUCGCAGGAUGAACGUCAAGGCAUAUCUAAUAUAGUCAGUCCCAACGGCAGCACGGGGCUCGCGGCUUCUUAUCGGCUUAACGGUGGGAAUAAGCCGACGUUCUAG